AUGAGACCCCUGGUCCUUCUCUUCCUCCUCUCCCUCCUCCUCUUGCCUCUUUUCACCGUCGCCGGCGACUGCGAGUGCUCCCCCGACGACGAAGGUCAAGACAAAUCGAAAGCCCGGCCGCUCAAAAUCGCGUCCAUCUUCUCCAUCCUCGUCUUCGGCGCCAUCGGCAUCUGCCUCCCGAUCUUCAGCAAAUCAAUCCCAUCUCUCCGUCCCGAGAACGAUAUCUUCUUCGUGAUCAAAGCAUUCGCCGCCGGCGUUAUACUGGCGACGGGAUUCAUCCACAUUCUUCCCGACGCUUUCGCCAACCUGACCUCGCCGUGUCUCGAUGAGAACCCGUGGGGGAAUUUUCCGUUCGCCGGAUUCGUGGCCAUGCUUGGCGCCCUCGGGACGUUGAUGGUGGAUACUCUAGCCAUGGGUUACCUUAAACGGUCUGCGAGGGAGGAGGGCGAUGAGCUCAAAGGGGACGUGGAGAUGAGUGGGCCCGCCGGAGACCAUCUCCACGUCCACGCCACCCAUGCGCGUGCUCGUGGCCACGCCGCCUUGGAGGUGGACGAUGGGUCCCAGAAGCUCGUGCGCCAUCGCGUCAUUUCUCAGGUAUUGGAAUUGGGCAUCGUUGUUCAUUCAAUCAUAAUUGGAAUUUCUUUAGGUGCAUCAGAGAGUCCUUCUAUCAUUAAAUCACUGAUAGUUGCUUUAAGCUUUCAUCAAUUCUUUGAAGGCAUGGGUCUUGGAGGAUGUAUUGUGCAGGCUAAAUUCAAAGUCAAGUCAAUGGCAACAAUGAUACUCUUCUUCUCCCUCACCACUCCUGUUGGAAUAGUAAUAGGUUUUGGAAUAUCAUCUGUUUAUAAUGAGAAUAGUCCGACUGCCCUAAUUGUUGAAGGCAUUCUCAAUUCAGCAGCUGCAGGAAUUUUAAUCUACAUGUCUCUUGUUGAUCUUCUAGCUGAAGAUUUUAUGAAUCCAAGGGUGCAGAGCAAGGGAAAACUACAAUUUGGGAUAAAUGUCUCCUUACUUAUCGGAGCGGGCUUAAUGUCGCUUCUUGCUAAAUGGGCUUAG